AUGGGUCGAAUUGUCACUGUCGAUGCCAAGGAGUUCUUCAGCGUUGUGAGCAUCAGAUAUGGAAAAGUCUGCUUCGUGAAAUCGAAACUCCUGGCAAUGAUAGAAGAGCACGAGAUGAGAGAAAGGAUGCGGGAGCUAGAAGAAAGACUGGCCACUUUGGAGGACAAAUCAGUGGCCAAGUCAAGUAAGAGAAAGGUCGACGCGAUGAUUGAGAAGGACGAGAUCAUUAGGUUCAAUUACGGAGAAUUCUUCACCCAUGCUAGACAAAGAGGCCUCACCAUCAAGAGAUCAAAACUGCUGAAAAUGAUGGGUGAAUACGAGCCCAGAGAUAAGAUAAGAGAGCUAGAAGAAAGGCUGACCAGUCUGGAGAAGACAGAAACCAUACGAAGGCUGAAAAAAGAAUUGGCCAUUUUGAAAAAGAAACUGGCCUCCACUGACAGCAGCAGCGAUGAAGACGAGCCCAAGGUGAAAAAACCCAAGAAGGAAAUCAAGAGUGAAGACGAAGAAGAGUAA